UCUAUAAUUUCCGUUCUCGUUUCAAGGGUUGCUUUGGGAAUUAGCGGUGAGUAGCGGAGAACCUCUGCCCGCCAAGUUACGCGUCGGUGUUCACGGUUAGCUUGAUCACGGCGGGAUUUGCAUUGUCGACGGAGGCGGUGGUCACAAAAUCUUACUUCCAGCCUCGCUGUUACUAUUUAGCGCCAUGAUUUUGGUAUAGCCUAAAAACGUAGCAUUUUGUAUUUCCCUACUUAUCACUGGCGUAGCUUUGCGCAUUUCCCUACUCAUCUCUGAAAAAAUUUUGGUGUCGUUAUUCAUAUCAAGAUUUUUGGCGGUGGUUUAUGUUUCAUAUUCUUAUCCCGAUUAAGUUCUUACCGACAUUUAUCCUGACUCAGUUAGUGUGUUGUAAUAGACGUAGGGAUUUGAAAAUUGAAACUUGUUUCCCGGUGAAUUCGGUGUAACUGACAUUUAAAACGCAAAAGAUUUGCAAACGAGGAAGUUUUAUCUGUAAUUUUGUUGAGAAUUAGAAGAUGUCGAGUGCAAUGAACGUAUUGUGUUGUUAUUCUUGUCAGAUGUUUCAGGUUCAUCCUGUUAAAAAGGCUAACAAGUGGCAAUGCAAAGUUUGUGGUGAAAAGCAGUCUAUCAAGCAAGUAUACUAUCGAGGAACAGGAAAAGAUUGUCGUGUUUACGUCCAAGAAUCUAAUCUUUUGAAAAGUAAUGCAACACAAUGGGAAAAUGAUAUACAAAGCCAUGAUCUUGAAGUUUCAGAAGAUGAUUGUGCUGUUGCUCCAAGCAAAUCUUUGGAAACACAUAAUCAAAUGCAAAGUUCAGUAGUUCCAGAAAGUAAAUGGAGUAAAUAUUUAAACAAAGCAGAGAGGGAAGAUUCUGUUAACUAAAAUUAAACACUGUGUAACAUAUAAUUAAUUUGACUAUAUAUUAAAACCUUAUUUGCAUAUUGA